ACAAUGUUGCGUUCAGUUUCAUGUCCAAAAGAUGACUGCGUUUAUAUAAACUUACAUCUACAAAUGAUUUUUUUACCCUGAUCACACUCAUUCCCCAAAUGUCACUUCACGUCCAUUGAUUUUUCUUUAGCAGGUCUUCGAGUCCCUCAAAAAAUGGCCGAGUGUCGCUCACCCAAGGUGAAACGGUAUCGCCGGGACGAACCCAAGGACAGUGACAACGAAGAUUGGGCCCAAGAUGACGAUUAUCAGCCGUAUGUGCCCGUCAAAGAGCGGAGGAAACAGAUGCUUGUCAAACUCGGCCAAGUGGCCAUUGUCAAACAAGAAGAACGCACCUUCACCGAUCGGCUGUCCAGUGGAGCUUCUUCCGCCAACGAAGAGGAGACCAAAGAAGAGAUCAUGAAGCAGGAACAGGAGAUCCUGGCCCAAAGCAAGCAGACCUCAUUGCUGUUGCAACAUUCCAAGCUUAAGAAAUUGGCCGAAGCCCGACAAGAAACCGAAAUGGAUCGACAGUUGAAGGAAGAAGAGAAGCUCUUGGAAGCCGUGCGAGAGAACACGGCUCUCAUGGGAGCGGCUGAAUUAGCCAAGGGGAUCCUGUACGACAAGCCGUUGAAAACUGGCUGGACUUUGCCCAAGUACAUCCUUGACUUGCCGGAGGAGCGACAUAUUGCCCUACGGAAAAAGCAGAACAUCCUGAUCGAAGGAGAAAACCCACCUCCUCCGGCCAAAAGUUUCUUGGACUUCAAGUUCCCCAAAGGCCUUCAAAUGGCUUUGGAUGAAAAAGGUAUUAGCAAGCCCUCGCCCAUUCAAAUGCAAGGCAUUCCCGCCAUCCUAUCCGGACGGGAUCUCAUCGGCAUCGCCUACACGGGGAGUGGCAAGACUCUCGUGUUUGUUCUCCCCAUUAUCAUGUUCAGCCUCGAACAAGAGAAACGCCUCCCCUUCACACGAGACGAAGGUCCCUACGGACUGAUCGUGGUGCCUUCUCGCGAAUUGGCCAAGCAGAUCCAGGAGAAUGUGGAAUACUUCACCUCACAUCUCCGUCGAGAGGGUAUGCCUGAAUUGAGGUCCUGCUUGGCGAUCGGAGGCGUGCCCGCCUCCGAAUCCAUGGACGUGAUCCGCAGAGGCGUUCACAUCAUGGUAGCCACGCCUGGACGCUUGAUCGACAUGCUCAACAAGAAGAUGGUGACGCUGGAUGUGUGCCGAUUUCUGUGUCUGGACGAGGCGGACCGCAUGAUUGAUAUGGGCUUCGAGGACGACAUGCGGACCAUCUUUUCCUACUUCAAGGCUCAAAGACAGACGUUGCUGUUCAGUGCGACCAUGCCCAAGAAGAUACAGAACUUUGCCCGAUCCGCCCUAGUCAAGCCUAUUACUGUGAAUGUGGGUCGAGCCGGAGCGGCUUCCAUGAACAUUGUCCAAGAAGUGGAAUUCAUUCAGACCGAGGCCAAGAUCGUGUACGUCCUCGAAUGCUUGAAAAAAACCGCCCCUCCUGUGCUUAUUUUCGCGGAAAAGAAGCAAGAUGUAGAUGCCAUUCAUGAGUAUUUGCUGAUCAAGGGCGUGGCUGCCGCGGCGAUUCACGGGGGUAAAGACCAGGAGGAGCGGAUCAAGGCGGUGGCCGAUUUCCGAAGUGGGAGCAAAGAUGUCUUAGUAGCCACGGAUGUGGGCUCGAAAGGUCUCGAUUUUCCGCAAAUCCAACACGUGAUCAAUUACGACAUGCCCGAUGAUAUCGAGAACUACGUCCAUCGGAUCGGUCGCACGGGUCGUGGCAAUGCCAAGGGUCACGCGACCACACUCAUCAACAAAUCUGUGGACACGGCUGUGUUACUGGAUCUCAAGCAUUUGCUCAUUGAAGGCAAACAACGGGUGCCUCCAUUUCUGGCCACAUUGGAGUCGGAGCACGAGAGAUUUUUGUCUGCGGGCGACGAACGCGGGUGUUCAUAUUGUGGGGGGUUGGGUCAUCGCAUCACGGCGUGUCCCAAAUUGGAUGCGGUUCAGCACAAAAAGGCGGCUAAUAUUGGUCGGAAGGAUUACUUGGCGAGCACGUCGGCGGAUUAUUAGACGCAUUUCCUUGUCAACUGUUAUCCAAUCAUCAUUGUGAAUGUUCAAUUAUCGUAAUAAAAUAUGUUUAUGAGUA